AUGUGCAACAUCAAUUGAGUUUUAGUAGUAAGAGUUACGAGAAUAUAAUAACAACAAAAAAAUGUUUGAUGCUCACAUAUAUGAACAAUAUUUUUCACCUGUUCAUACAGCUACAAAACAGAUUUUGUCUGAUUAUGGGCUUCUUAUAAAUUGGCCAAAUAAACAAGAGAAUCAAUCGGACGUUAUGAAAAUAUUAGAUGCUGGUUGUGGCGAUGGAACAUCAACAGUUCACGUUUUCAAAGAACUUGUAACAGAAAAUGUGGAAAAUUAUCAAAUAUUUGGAGUUGAUGUAUCAAAAGAAAUGAUUUUAAGCGCAAAUAAAAAAUACAAAGAUGAAAAGAAUUGUGAGUUUGGAUUAAUGGAUCUUUCACUAAAAACUUUUCCGGUUAAGUUAACAGAAAAAUUUGAUUUAAUUUAUUCUAUGCAUUGCUUACAAUGGGUUAAAACGACGCAUUGGAUCAAAAAUUUUUAUAAAAUGCUGAAACCAUCUGGACAAAUUUUCUUAAUUGCGAUUACUGAGAAUAUUGUGAUAAACAGUUUCUUAGCCGUAAAUAAGCGAGAAAAAUUUUGCCAAUAUCAAGAACCUGCAUAUUGGGAUAAUCAUUUUUACACAAAAAUAAAUCUCGAAGAAUGGUUAAAACCUCUUUUGAAGGAUGCAGGUUAUACAAAUAUUAUCAUUAAGCAUAAUGAUAAGAAAUUAAAAUUUUUGAAUAAGGAAUUACUUAAAUGUUUCAUUAAAAGCUUUAAGAUUUGUCACAAUCAUUUACCAACAAAUUUAAUUGAUGAUUAUCUUAAUGAAGUUAUUGAAGAAUUUAUUAAAGAAUCUUUAAAUCUUUAUGGUACAUGUUCUCCAAUUUUUUUUAAAAUGCCAGUAAUUCUAAUUUCGGCUGAAAAGUAAUUAACGUAUUAUACUUGAACAAAUAUGUAAACAAAUAAAGGAAUUUCAUCAAAUCUAUUUUAAGUCUUAUAUUAAUCAUAUCAAUACUUUGUGAUCAAAAGUUAUUAACACAAUAAAUUAAAAUAAAACAUAUCGAAAUUUUUAUUUAAAUAAUCAGUUUUAAAGCAAAAAUUAUAUAAUUAAAGAGAUAAAUAUUAAGAGAACUUUAUAUUAAACAUGUUCAAUGCUAAUUUGUACGAAAAGUUUAGUUUACCUUUUUAUUCAACUACAAAAUUAGGUUUUUUUAUUGUUUACAUUGGGUUAGCAUAACUUUGUAAGUGCUUUUAGUUGAGAUUAAAUAAACAAAUUUAAUA